UGUCGCUCUUGGCACCUUCCUGGUGCUCAGAAGUUGUGGUGGAAGUUAACUUCAGGUCUGUCUCAUGAACUUAGUCCAUUUAAAAAGUGUGACAUAGAGAUGAGUGGACAGACGGUCCCCGCGGACUUCUCGGGACACAUGUUGGACCUGGACGAGGACGAAGACCUGGAGGUCUUCAGCAAGAAUACUUCCCUGGCAGAUGGAGGUCCCAUGCCCAACUCUCCCAGUUCCAUGGUCAACCAGUACAGACUGGAGGAGGAUGAGGAGGAGGAGCAGCAGCAGCAGCAGCAGCAGGAUGCUCACACCAAAGACAUCUUCAUCACAGUUGAUAACCCCGAGAGCCAUGUCACUGCCAUCGAAACCUUCAUCAUGUACAGAGUCUUGACCAAGACCACAUGCAGCGAGUUUGACUCCAGCGAGUAUGAGGUACGCCGGCGCUACCAGGACUUCCUGUGGCUCCGAAGCAGACUGGAAGAAAACCACCCGACACUCAUCGUCCACCCACUGCCCGAGAAGUUUGUGAUGAAAGGCAUGGUGGAGCGCUUCAACGAUGACUUCAUCGAGACCAGGAGGAAAGCUCUGCAUCGCUUCCUCAACAAGAUCUCGGAGCAUCCCAUACUCUCCUACAGCCCACACUUCAAAGUCUUCCUCACAGCACAGGAGUUGUCGUCUCACAGGAAGCAGGGUCCAGGUUUUCUAAGCAGGAUGGGGGAGACGGUGAAGGCGAUGGCCAACUCGGUACGAGGCCUGAGGAGUCGACCGGAGGAGUUCACUGUGAUGCAGGAAUAUGUCGAGGACUUCAGUAACAAGAUCUGCUCCGUGGACAAAGUCACGCAGAGGAUCAUCAAAGAACAGAGAGAGUAUCUGGAUGAACUUAAACAGUACACCCCCACCUACACCCAAUGGGCGGAGUCGGAGGAGGAGCUAGCAGAUCAACUGAAGGGCGUGGCCAGCUGUGCGGAGCGUUGUAGUAAGGAAACAGAAGAGCACAUCCACCAUAUGUCUGAGGUCCUUGUUCCUGCCCUGCACGAGUACGUUCUCUGUUCUGAGACGGUGAAGGCUGUGAUGAGACGGAGAGACAACAUCCAGGCGGACUAUGAAGCCAAGAACGAAGCCCUCGCAUCCAGAAAAGUCGACCAAGAAGCACUACAGGAGGAGGUGGACGGUCUGGCAGACCGGGUGGAACAGGCCAACAACGCCUUGAAGGGAGACUGGUCCCGCUGGCAGGACAACAUGAGAACCGACCUCAGGUCCGCAUUUGUAUGCACUGCUGAGAAGAACGUGGAGUACUACGAGAAGUGCCUGGCUGUGUGGGAGUCGUUCCUGCUUUCUCAGAAUCCAGAGGGAAGGGAGCAGGGAGACGUUGAGGAUGCCUCUUAAAGCUCGGAGAUGAUCGCAAAUUGAAGAUCGCCUCCUGGACAUGCAGUUCUCCCUCUAUUGUCUUUCCAUCACAGCAAAAAUAUAGACUUUCACCAGAUGCAAACAUGCAUCAUAUGAAAAACAACACACUUUGUCUAUGCAUAUUUUUUAUUGUCUCUUCAUUGUUGAUCCGGCCAAAGAAGUAAGUAACAUUCCAGUGAUCACUAAAACCAACCCUGUGAUCCAAAUGUCCACAUAUCAGAGUUGAAAGGUCUCUGUGUACAUUGCCAAAAACGAAGAAAAAAAUAACUCCUGGCUUUGUUAGUGACACUGCAGUUUAAACUUAACAGAAUUCAAAACGUAUUAUGGAUGUGGAUGGCACUCGUAAACCUCAGUGUCAGCAUGUUAUAAACUCAAUAAUAAUAAAGUUCCUACAACUACCAAGAAAGUUUGCUGCAUUUCAAAUUGUUGCAGACUUAGCUACAUUACAAAGACAACAAAUCUAAAGGUACUUGAUAACUUUCCAUUCAGUGAGGCAGCUGAGGAAGCCAAUUUAAAUGACAGAAAUUACAAUUUGUCACUGUGUUUGAGGAUUAGUCUUUCUGAUUUGGUUUUAACUAGGCUGAACUAAUUAUCCACAAACGCAGGCUUGAGGUUGGACACAGCUUCUCCGGCAGCUUGCUGGAUCAGAUACAAUGGCUCUGAAACAUUUGACUGAUACUGACAUAACUUUUUUAACAAACAUUCACCAACAAAUAUAAAAGCAUUUCAACCAUAACCACUGUUUUUUUUUAUUUUAAACACAUUACUUUCAUCAUGCUCAGGUAUUGCAGUAGAGUGUGAAAGUCAUUCUUGUUCUUGGUGAAUAAUAGUUUGAUGAACAAUCCCUCUUCCCUCUUGGUUCAGGUACUGGCUUUUUCUACUUUAGAGAUCUGAUUGAAAGUUCUGAAAAACACUUAUUGAAAGUAGCUAGUCGACAUGAGUGAAGAUCUUUUUUUGCAAAAACUUAUUUUCCUACUUUUCCCGACAGUGACUUUAAAGGCUUUAUAUGCAAUUUUUCACACUUAAUAAUAGAAAUCAAGUAUAUCCUCUGAAAAUAAUUCUGUGAGUCAUGACUGUCUACAAUGGGUGUAACACCCGAGUCCCACUGUCUGUGAUGUUUUCCGAGUUUUUCCGGCCGGCUGGCUCAUCCCCUCGCGAAUAAAAGUUGUUUAAUCGAGGGGCUAGAGAAAAGAAGAAUAACACACUGUACUCACUGCUUAACUGUGUUUCUAGAUCACGCUCAUUUUGGGUAAAUUAACAUGCAGUGUGAAGAUACGAGCAUAAUAAAUAUCGCUAGCAUUAGCAUGCUAACACAAUAAUGCACCGCAAGUGGUUUUGGUUUCAUGCUGGUGCUCAAGGGGCGACAUCUGCUGGAUGAAAAAAAUUGCAUAUAAAGCCAUAAAAGCUAUUAUGCUACUGUAAACGGCCUAAAGUAUUUUUUAGUAUAAAGCAUGGCCAAAGUCACAGAUAUCUGGAUUAGGGAUGUGUAUGACUACCCGAUGAAACGAUCAAAACAUUGCAAUCCUUGUUAGUCAGCACCACAAUUACUAGUGAGUUGAACAGAUUAUUACAUUUUUUAUACAUGAGCCCUCAGUUCGUGAUUUCUUACCUUUGGACUAUUCAGUUAGAGGGAAUUUACUAUUUGGAAAUCAGUCGCGAGAAACAUCCUUACUCUCGAUACAAGAUACCAGCCUGAUAUACGGAAUGGGAUAUAGUCCCAAGUGUGUGAGAAAAAAAACAACAGCAAACAGCAUAGUAACAACUUCACAGAAAUCCCAGCUUUGCAGGUUUUCAUUGCCCUCAUUUUUUGACGCUGUUUUUGACAUGUUCCUUGACCAUUGUCGAAUCAACACGGACAAUGGAAGAGGAGUACAUUUCAUUUACAGCUGGCUCAGAGUUUAUACCAACUUCACGUUUCCUGUGGCUAUGACAUCACCCACUGCAAUACGGUUACAGAUUCACUGUUAUUCAGAAAACCCAGAUGGCAUUCAGGUGCAUUUGAUUGUAAACUUGUGUUAAGGGCUUGAUAUGGCCUAAACACAGAAACUUCAUAUAUUUCCUGUUUGUGCAUUCUGACACUAUUACAGACACAGGCAGACAAUUUAGAUUCCGACCCUCGGACUGUGUGAUAUAAGUGGAGGAAGUCACAGCAAGACUUUUUGAUAGCUCUGCCUGACUGAGCUUUAUGAUUGUGUAAUCUUUUCUUAACAAUGAAACCAUCAAACAGUCGGUUGAUGUGCCAGCUUUUGACUGAAAACAUUUUCAGGUCUUGUCUGUUUUUUUUUUUUUUCACUGACGAGGGCAGAUUAAAGCAGCGACCGUACACCAACCAAAACAUAAAUGUUAACAUUUCACUACAACAUAGCUCAAGAAAUGCCUUUAAUGACAGUGAGAAGAAGUCUGCAUCUAAUAGAAUGAAUAACACACAACACUAUUGAUCUCAUGUCAAACAUUGUGCAGAAAGGCUUUAAAUGCUUUAUGAAACUCUCUUAAAAAAUGUUUUUUGUUUUUUUUUGCUUUUGCCAAUUGAGAUUUCAUGUUUACAUCUACAAUGUCUUUGUAACAGAAUUCUUAAAUCCUUUAUACUGAUGUAACCUUUUUUUUCUCAUUGUUGCUUUUAUCACCAUUAAUUAUGUAAAAAAACAAAAAAACACUUCUGAAUAAAACUGAUUCUGAGUUGUGAUGUGAAAAUAAAGAAGUAUCUCACACUCUAAA